AUGGACUACGACCUCCGGAGCCUGCUCUACGAGGGCGUCUACACCGCCCGCGGCGCCCGCCCCCGCCGCCUGGCCAACCAGCAGAGCCCCGUGUCCGGCCUCAACUUCACGUGGCCGGCGAAGAAGGUGGUGGCCAUGGACGGCGACAUCAUCCUGGGCGGCCUCAUGAUGGUGCACGAGCGCCACAACGACCUCGUCUGCGGCCCCAUCAUGCCCCAGGGCGGCGUGCAGGCGCUCGAGGCCAUGCUCUACACGCUGGACUUCAUCAACGACCAGGAGGACUUCAUCCCCGGCGUCAGGCUCGGCGCGCACAUCCUCGACGACUGCGACAAGGACACCUACGGCCUCGAGCAAGCCGUCGAUUUCAUUAAAGGUAUUGCGAGAUCGAAUGGAAUUGUCCUGAGCGUCUGUUCAAAAGGAACAUCGUAA